UUCCUCCGACGAACUCGUUGCGACAUCCCAGUCCCAAGUUCCAAACCCAAGCAGCAACGCCAGCCUGCCUGCGCGAUUACGCGACACAUCCAAAAAGGGCAAACCCGAAAAAUUCUUACCCUUUCUCCUUGCCUCCCCCCCUCGUCUCCUCCCUUUCUGUGUUCUCCCACUUCCACCCCAAAAAUUCCUACGGCCUUAACCUCCACCACACCAAUUCCAACCCUGAAUCCGUUCGCCACCUACUCCCUAAUUUCUUCGCGCUUCUGGUUUGUUAGCUGUUGAUUUCCGCCCCUCGGCGCUUUCCCUGGACGGAUCGAAUCGCGCCGUGCGUCGCACGGUGGCGGUUGACCUGUCGUUAGGGUUCGAGCUCGGGGAGGAUGGCGAGCCACGGCGCUGCGGCGGCCGCUGGAUCCGACGCCACGAGCGUCGAGGUCAGCGGCAUGUGCCAAACAAACCAGCCUGCUUAUCCGCCUGUACCUUCCGGGGAUCAUUCAUGGUCCUCUUCAACUGGGGCAGCAACAGUUUCGUGGAACUACCCAGUUGACAAUCAAAGCCAAGCUGCAGUUUACUAUGAUCCACAAAGGGAUGUAUCGGUUUCAGGGGAUAAUCAAAAUGUGGCAAGCAGCGUGCCUCCUGUUGUGCAGUCGACCAUGGGCUUAACAAGUGCAAGUCAGUCUCACGUGCCUUACUCAAAUUCACUUCAACACGGCUACAAUCCUCCAGAAUAUACAAAUUAUUAUUAUAAUAACUACCCACAAACUACAAAUACUUCUGCCCAGCAAGGAGGAGCAAAUCAACAUUCAGGUGCCGCUUAUCAGCCUCUUACUUCCUUUCAGAAUUCUGGGUCUUACGUUGAUCCUACAAGUAACACAUAUUACAAUGAUGGUGGUCACCAGACUGCGCCAGGAUAUGGAACCAACAACUACUAUUAUCAGCACGACACAUGGAAUCAUGGAAGCUCAGAAAAUAACUAUGCUCAGCCAUACCAGAACUGCUCAUCCUCUGAUACUAGUCUAGUCCAGAGUUCCAGUUCAGUUCCUGCCAAUUCUUUCUCAUAUCAGCAGCAGUACAAUCAGUGGCCAUAUUAUUACAAUCACUCUGUGCCAAGUUCUGCUGGCAAUCCAGUUGCUGGGAGCAGUAACACAGAUAACAGAUCUGUUAACACUGUUUCUAGUUACUCCUAUCCAAGUAGCGAGCCACCUCCACCAGGUACUACAUCAUGGAAGAGUAAUUCAGGUCCUUCAGUUGCACCUCCUGUGCAGGCACCAGGUGUUCUAGAACCUCAAAAUCAAUAUGUCAAACCUGCACAAGAGAUCUCAGGGUUCCAAUACCAAUAUGGUUAUCAUGCACCAGGUGCACCAUUGUCCCAAAACUACUACGCCAACCAGGCAGUAUACCCACAGAACACUAUGAAUGUGAAUCAUGUACCAGUGAACAACCAUGGUGAUCAACAUAAGAGUCCAAAUUUGCAGGGUUCUUUGACAACAGAUACUUCCAGCGAAAACAAAGUACAGGUUCCAGUGAAUCCUCGAAUUGCUCCAGGGUUCUCUAUGGUCAUACCAAAGAGUGAGAAGAAAAUUUUAGGUGCUGAUUUGGCAAAGAAACCUGCUUAUGUUAGUGUUUCUGUGCCGGAGAACGAUGCCAAAGCAGUUCAACACGUUCCUGAUGCUAGAUCUCUCCCUUUUUCGCUCCGCAAUUAUUCCAUGAGAAAUCUCAACCGUUGCAAGGAUGAAGCCCAGAAGGUUGCCUGCCAGAGUAUAAUACAAGAGAUCACAAACAAAGCUAUUUCUGAUGGAACCCUUCUUACUAAGAAUUGGGACACUGAGCCGCUGUUCCCAUUGCCGGAGAAUCUUCUGACCACGCCCGAAACAAGCAGUGCAAACAAUUCAAGCCCCUUGUCAACAUCUACCCCUAGAAGACGUUUGAAAAGUAGGUGGGAGCCUGUUCUGGAGGGAAAUGUUACUGAUAAGGUGGAGCCUGUAGCAAAAGCAUUGAUGAAUGGUAGCACUCAGAGUGUUUUUGUGACCAGUAAUAAUAUGGUUAACAAUUGGGAUGCCGGAAAGUUUCUCCAGUCUCGACAUACACCUUUGAAUAAAAUUACCAAAAGGCCUACCAAGAAGCAAAAGAUUGGUAGUUAUUCAAGUCCCAUGCAAAAUGGGAACACUUCAAGUGAUAGUGAUAAGGAGCAGGGUCUAACCAAAUACUACACCAAUGCAACUGCAUUAGCAAAUUCACCAGAGGAAAAGAAGCGUAGGGAGCAUAGAUCUAAACGGUUUGAGAAGGGUAAGGAUUCAUCAUCAAAAUCAAGGAGUUCUGCAGCGAACAAAGAUUCUAUGGCUCAUGUGCGCGCAAGAAGAGCUAUUUCAGCUCUUGUAACUAGCAAUUAUGAAGAUGGCGGCAGCCUGGCUGUGGAGGAUAUGGAUUGGGAUGCACUGACAGUCAAGGGAACAUGUCAGGAAAUUGAGAAACGAUAUCUACGUCUUACAUCAGCACCUGAUCCUUCCACAGUAAGACCAGAACAUGUCCUGGAGAAGGCCCUUUCCAUGGUUGACACAUCUCUCAAAAAUUAUCUUUACAAGUGUGAUCAACUGAAAUCUAUUCGCCAAGAUCUUACAGUUCAGAGAAUCCAGAAUGAACUGACCGUCAAGGUUUAUGAAACUCAUGCACGUUUAGCAUUGCAAGCUGGUGAUCUACCUGAAUUUAACCAGUGCCAGUCACAACUAAAGAGGCUAUAUAGAGAGGGAAACAAGGGUUGUUAUUUUGAAUUCUCUGCCUACAAUUUGCUCUGCGUCAUGCUACACUCCAAUAAUAAACGAGACUUGCUGUCAUCAAUGGCAAGCUUAUCAAAAGAAGCCAAACAAGAUGGAGCUGUCAAGCAUGCCCUUGCAGUUCAUUCUGCUCUUUCCUCAGGCAAUUAUGUCAUAUUCUUCAAAUUAUACAAGCAGGCGCCAAACUUGAAUUCUUGCCUCAUGGAACUAUAUGUGGAGCGGAUGCGUUUUGAGGCUAUAAAAUGCAUGUCUAGAUCUUAUCGCCCAACAGUACCUGUGGUGUAUGUUGCACAGAUUUUGGGAUUUCUCAGGAUUGAUACUGAUGGCUCUGUACUGAAUGGGGAUGACAGAUCAGAUGAAUGCGAAAUAUGGUUAAAGGCGCAUGGUGCUAUUCUUUCAGUAGAUAACAGUGGAGAAUUGCAGAUAGACACGAAGGCUUCUUCGACUACGCUUUACAUGCCAGAGCCAGAGAAUGCCGUUGCGCAUGGUGAUGCAUCACUUGCAGUUGGUGACUUCUUUGCACGGACAUAGUAGAAUGUGCAACUGCGGGUAUCUAUUCAUCGGCGUGUUGGUGCAAAUGGAUGUAUUGCAUACCUUCAGAUGCAAAUAUGCUGUUAUGUGCAACGGGAUGUUGAAAUGGAUCAGCUCACCGCACGGUAAGAGCGGUCAGCUAUUUCAAAAAAAAAAAAAAAAAAGGGAUCAGCUCAAGAAUGCUUCUCGGGCUAGGAGGUUGGGAACAAGGAUAGAGUGAUGCUCAAGUGGAUUUGAUGUAGUGAUGGCUGCAGUUGCAUUCCAGUGAGCCGUCACAAACGCAAAUUGUGAGCGUUAGCCAACACGACUUCGUUGCCUGCCAAGGCCCCUCUCGUAUGGGAAAUGUUACAGAAGCAGCAGCCAGUAAAAGUUUUAGAGUGACUACAAAUACAUGUGUCUGUAUCAAGCAAUUUAUACAUAAAUACAAAGACGGGAAAAGUUUACAAGUUUAUCAGGAACACAGCUGACCGUCUAAAUUUAUGAAAACAUUUCGCCCACGGAGGAAUAAAAGCUGAUGAAAUUUGGUAGUACA